UGAUGCUUUUUUAUUGGGGUAUGUUGUUUUCAUAGAUAUUUUUGUAAUACCUCCGUGCUAGCAAUAGCUUUAACUGAAAGCAUUUGUUUUUGGGUUGUCCCUACAUCUGUCCCAUUUUUGUGUACACUCUAUCUCAAGAAUACCUUGUGGGAGUUUCUUCAAAAUUUGUCACAAAUGUCCACUUGGACUCAAGGAUGAACGGAAUAGAUUUUGGUGCUCAAAGGUCCACAUGACCUCAAAAAAACAUGUUUUACACCUGAAAGAAUCCCACUACACAUACAGGUAGUAAUCUAUUCUGAUAGAAAGUCGUGCCUGACUACUGACUACUCAAAAUUUAAACUACAUUUAUACAAGUAGUAUUCCAUUAUGAUUUGUACCUGAAAGAAUGAUCCACUCCACAUGUAAUUACAAUUAUACAUGUUGUAGUCCAUUCUGAUAUAUAUUUAUGCCUGACAGAAUUACCCACUUUACAUUUAACUACAUCUGCACAGGUAUUAGUCUAUCUUGGAUGCCCAUCUUGAAGCAUUGCUGGUUGUAUAGUUUUAAGAUGUGUAUGAAGCAUUCAUGUUUUCACACACGUGGCUGCAAACUGCAAGUACAAGAUGGCUUUGCGGAGACAAACAACUUCAAAGAGGUAAUUCUUGUUUAUCCUGAGUGACAUGCUUUUAUUUCACUUAAAUUUACCAGACGUCAACAGCGAAAGAAAUAUGGGGCUCAUUUCAUGAUCAUUUUCAUGUCGUGUUAUUUACAUGUCUGUUAAAUGUGAAGAAGUAAUGUGGUUAAAGUCAUUCUUUCUGCGCAGUUGAGUGAGAACAUACUUUAUUAUUAUUUAUAAUUCAUUAACAAUUAUAAUAUAUAUUCGACAUAUUCUUCUUUCCCCAAGGGUCUCGUGAUGCUCUCGCGAGCCUAGCUACUGUUCUGUUACGGUAACCAUAGCAACCGCUGAAGUUUAGGUCUCCUGCCAUUGUUUCCUCGUAGCUCUACAUAGUAAAUGUUAGCUAACUGUAAGUUUAGAACGUGUUUGGCAGUUUUGUAGCCACUGUAAGUCUGUUUAUCUUAAGCUGAAAGUCGGAUAAAAUACAGAAUUAAAGUUAACGGUGUGAAGAGCGAUGGACACAGCUGAGAGAAACCAGGAGGAAAGUCAGCAGAGACUGCAGACAGCCGCCUCGCUGAAGGCUUUCAUGAUGAAAAACAGCACGGAAAGCAACUUGAACCUCUAUGACCACCUCACCACGCUGCUGAUAAAGGUAAUGGAUGAGCAACCACACAAUGUGGUGGACGUGAUUGAGGAUAUGAGCCGUGAUGUGAAGCAGGGUUUAUUCAAAGACAAGCAGAGCACCCUACGAGACCUUCCACAGACCACACCUGCUGAGCUGCUGGCUGAGCAGCAGCGCCUGCUCUUUUCUCGGCCAGAGGAGGCUGACCAGGAGGAGGAACUGAUGGAAACACCUCUUCCUAAUGUAAAUGAGAUUGGCUUCUACCUGGAGCAGGCUGGAGUGGGUCUGGGCAGGGAGGAGAUGCAGAGGGUCUUUCUUGCACUCAAGCAGUUUGUUGAGUCGCAGGGGCUGCUGCGCUGUCGCCUGUGGGGCAAGAUUCUGGGAACAGAGAGCAGCUACAUUGUUGCUGAAGCUGACUACAGAGAGGGGGAGGAAGGGGAGGAGGAGAGCAUUGAGGAAGAAGAGAAAGAGGCAGAGACUCAAGAGAAUGAGAUGGAUCCACUUCCUCAGUCAACCUAUAAACCCCUACCAGCAGUGCCGAAGGAGGCCCUGGGAAGUGGCGCUAACAAGUUUGUUUAUUACGUGUGCAAAGAGCCUGGUCUUCCUUGGGUACGGCUCCCUUUAGUCACUCCUGCACAGAUCACUGUUGCUCGCCAGAUCCGUAAAUUCUUUACUGGGAGGCUGGAUGCCCCCAUUGUCAGCUACCCGCCUUUCCCUGGGAACGAAGCCAACUACCUGAGGGCACAGAUCGCCCGGAUCUCCGCUGGCACACAUGUCAGCCCCCAGGGCUUCUACCAGGCUGGGGAGGAGGAAGGUGAUGAGGAAGACGAGUCACCCCGGGACAGCUACGAAGUGAAUCCUGACUUUGAAGGCGUUCCAGUUGCUGAGAUGGCUGACUCUUUGUCCACAUGGGUGCAUCAUGUUCAGCACAUCCUGCAGCAGGGCCGCUGUACUUGGGUGAACCUGGCUGCAAAACCAGGAGACGACUCUAAUGAGGAAGGAGAGGCUGAGGAGAAGGAAGAGGAGCCCGAUGAGCCUGAGCCGGAAGUUGGACCGCCUCUGCUCACCCCGCUCUCCCAAGAUGCAGAAAUGUUCAACACUCCUCCCUGGACCUCCAAGGUGUCCUCCGCUCUCACCUCUCAGCAUGCAGUAGCUGUGCUGCGCUCCAACCUCUGGCCAGGGGCAUAUGCAUACGCUUGUGGAAAGAAGUUUGAGAACAUAUAUGUUGGAUGGGGUUUAAAGUACACAGGGGAAGGGUACAGCCCACCCGUCCCCCCGCUACCACAGAGAGAGUAUCCCAGCGGACCAGAAAUUACAGAGGCCCUGGACCCCUCUCUGGAGGAGGAGCAGGCGCUGAAAGAAGCUUUGGAGGAGCAGCAAGCUGCCCAGGAAGAGAUGGAGAACUCAGACGAAGAGGAGGAGGAAGACGACGACUGAGAAAACAGUAACACGUUUUAAAUUUUUUUUCUAGUAUUCUGUAUUUAAAUAUUUAUUUUUAAUUCAA